AUGGCUUUCUUCCUCGUAACCUUCUGCUGCGCGUUUGCCGCGCUGGGCUCAUUCCUGUUUGGGUAUGAUUCCGGCGUGAUCUCCUCCAGUAUUGAACAAGAGGCUUUUCUAGCCCGAUUUGGCUCUCCGGGGUUAUCUGAUGCCGCCGCGGGAGGAAUCAUCUCGUCUUACACUGGGGGUGCGAUUGUGGGCUCCAUCCUGGCCCCAUACAUUUCCGACUACUAUGGUCGUCGAAUGGUCAUCUUCCUUGGUGGCUUGAUUGCCAGUCUCGGGGCUGCCCUCCAGGGGGGUGCAGUGACCAUUGCGAUGCUUAUUGCGGGUCGAUUCAUCGCGGGCAUGGCCAUUGGGCAGAUGUCAGCUACCAUCCCUGUAUAUUGUAGCGAGAUUGCCCCGCCUCAGAUCCGUGGCUUAUUGGCCAGUAUGCAGCAAUGGAUGAUCGGUCUGGGGAUCAUGGUUGCCCAAUGGGUCGGAUACGGCUGCUCCCUGCACGGCGGAAUCUUCUCUUGGCGCUUCCCCCUCUGCUUCCAGAUCGUCCCAGCUUUCAUCCUCACAAGUGGGAUCUGGUUCCUCCCAGAAUCCCCUCGAUGGCUUAUAGAAAAAGGCCGAGAAGGCGAAGGCCGCUCAGUCCUCGCAAAACUCCACCUGAACCGCAGCGCAACAAACAACAAACUCCUCGAACAUGAACUCUCCCAGAUCCACGAUAGUCUCCUAACCGAACAUCAAACAACAGUGCGAUCCUGGCGCCAGCUUCUCACCUCCCCAGCCUGGCGCCGCCGCAUCCUCCUAGCCUGCGGUCUACAAGCAUUCACCCAAUGCUCCGGCACAAACGUGAUCCAAAACUACGGCCCACGCAUUUACAAAACCCUUGGCUUAUCAACCUCCACAUCCCUCAUGAUCAUCGGAGUCUGGGGCGCGCUAGCCCUAGUCUGGAACACGGUAUUCAUGACCUUCAUCGACAAAGUCGGUCGUCGCAAACUGCUCAUUCCAUCGCUCUUCGGCAUGGGCGCCGUGAUGUGCGUGGAAGCCACGCUGGCCCGGUAUAUCGACUUCAACGACCCGAACGCGAACCCGAAUGCGCUGCGCGCUGCAAUCGCCAUGUUCUUCGUUUUCUCGGUGUUUUUCACGGCGCUCGGGAUGAUUUCCUGGAUUUAUCAAUCUGAGAUCUUCCCCACGCCCAUUCGAGCUCGUGGUUCUUCGCUGGCUACGGCGACGAAUUGGAGUCUUAACCUUGUCUUUGCGCAGUGCUCGCCGAUUGCUCUGACUAAUAUCGGGUAUAAGUAUUUCUAUUGCUUUGUUGGGUUCAACUGGGCGGCGAUGGUCAUUGUUUGGGCAUUUUAUCCCGAGACUGCGGGCCGGUCUCUCGAGGAAGUUGAGGAUGUUUUCUCUAGUCGGGCUGUGGUUGAGGUGUCGGAUCAAGGCCGUGAGAUGACUUUGGCUACGGCGCCGCGCUCGCAGAUUCGACAUAAGGGAUUGCAUCCGCUUUCUAUGCAUCCGACUGAUUACACGGUUGGUAGUGUGACGACUAGUACUAGUCUAAGCGGGUCUGAGAAGGGGAUGCAUGUUAAAGAGGUUUAG